GGAGAGAUCAACAGUUACGGUCACAGCACUUUUAAAUGUUUUGCUGUUCAUUCAGACAAAAAUUCACGGAGCUGAAAUCGAGAUGAAGGUCAGACCAGGAGACAACAUCACUCUCAUCUGUGACCGUCCUUUAACUCAUGGUUCCACCAUUGUAUGGAUAAGAAACUGCUCUCAUGAACAUCAACCCCCUCUUGUAUUAGAUCAUAAGAUAAUGUAUGAAGAAGACUCCCCACAUUUUAGCUUUCGUCGAAACCCCAACAUUGAUUCUUUAGAUCUACACAUUAAUAACGUUACAGCUUCUGACCUUGGACUGUACUACUGUGCUGAGAUCAUAAGAAAGGCAAAUUAUGAUGAAAAUAGUAGUACGUACAGAACAGAAUUUUACUAUUAUGGAAAACAAACAACACGACUCUCCUUCCCUGGGACUGCCAGUUCCGAACCCUCCAGCACCCUCUCAACCCCUCCAGUAUCAGAUUGUUUUCUCUGCUGGACGCUGCUCUUCAGUUUAUGUCCUGUGUGUGUUCUCUUUUUCCUCAUUUGUGUGUACUGCCUCUGUAAGAAGAAAACUACAGACCGUGGGACCGAUCAGAAAGACAAGAUAAGAAGUAGAGACUCUCCUGAGGGUGAUGAUGUGUGUUAUGCAUCCUUGGAUGUAACAACCAGACCGAAGCGACUCGAGAAGAAGCAACCACAGAAUUCUGACAGUAUUACUUAUGCUCCGGUCAGAACAGAGACUGUACAAAACUUUGGAUGAGGAUUGUGUAUCUGACAUUAAGAAAAGAUGUAGCUGUCAUUGUUUCAAUCUUUUGACCAAAACAAUGAAAGUCCCGACAAAAAUGUACCUGCAGUGAUUUUGCAAUUGAAUGGAUGUACAACUCAAAAACAACUUACUUGUCAAGUAGUUUUCCCAGAUUGGUCAAUGUGAGAUCCGUACACUUUUUUAAUUAAAUUUAGUAAACGUAAAAUAUUCCUCUGUAGAAGAUUCAAAGGUGUUUUGUUUUUGGGGGAAAGGGCUCUAUCAUUUUCAGUAAUAUACAUACUUUGAACCACAAAUGUUUCCACUUAAGAUCAACACAGACAGAAAAGGCAGGAUGUUGUGGGUGUAAAUGCUUGCUUAUGGGGUCAGUCUGUGGUGGAGUUUAUUUAAAUGCAUGCCGUGUCUGCAGCUUUCAUUCUCUGAUGGUUGA